AGAGUUGCCUGAUUCCUCCUGUGUUCAUCCGUUUAGCUGGAGGCUGGGGCCUGGUUUUGGACCAUAUUUGCAUUUCCAGAUCUUUUUGUUCCUGUUAUUUGACAUCGUUUGCUACAAACAGCAGGAUCUGAGAGAUCUACAGCGUCUUCAGUACAGCCGGCGUCGUUUAUAUUGCUACACUGUUAGCCGAGAGAGCUAAUAUUAGCUGUAUCUUGGUGAAUGUUUUGGGCUUCCUUUGUCGCACUGACGUUCGUUCUUCCCUCCAGGUGAACUCGUUUAACGAAAGAAAAAAAAAACCAAAACCCACCCCAAAAACAAACACCAAACAAACUAUUUGAUUUAACCCUGUCGUUUUUUCUCCCUUCUUCGUUUCCUUUGGCUUGCGAAUCACCGUGCGUUGAAAUCGGCUUUUGUUUUUGUUUGUUUUUUUCCCUCACCCCGUGCGAGGAUGCUAACUAGCUUGCUCGAGCUGUUUGUUUAUUGUAUUUAAUGACAACAGUUAUAAAUGUUCACACACACCGAGGCGUUGUGGCACUUCGGGUUUUUAUCAUUUCCUUUGUAGCGUCGAUUAUCGAGAUAAAAUCAGCUGCUGUCGAUUAAUCGCGCCGCCUGAGCCGCAGCGAGCCAGUUGUUUUGAUCCGGCUGCAGCGUCCAAGCUACAACGCGAAUCCAUUCACGCAAAAGUCGAACGAUUUUACGCAAAUUCUCCAACUCCGCACGAGAUGUUCCGCUUCCUGGACGACGUGGAUGACAAUCCGUACAUCAUGGACCCGUUUGCAGCACACCGUCGGCAGAUGAGGAGUGUGUUCGGGUCGUUCGGGUUCGACCCGUUUCCUCUGACUCCUCAGAUCCAGUCGGCCCGAACUCCCACCAUGCAAGUACAGCCUCAGGCUGGUGCUUUGGCCCCUUUCGGUAUGAUGGGAAUGGGAGGAGGAUUCAUAGAUAUGUUCGGGAUGAUGAACGGCAUGAUGGAGAACAUGGAGAGGUUCUCUGGUUCUCCAGCCUGUCAGUCGUUCUCCUCCUCCACUGUGAUCUCGUACAGCAGCGACUCCGCAGCUCCGAAAGUGUUCCAGCAAACCAGAGAAAUCAGAACAGCACCUGGAGGGAUCAGAGAGACACGUCAGUCAUUGCGUGACAGUGAGAGCGGAAUGGAGCGGAUGUCCAUCGGCCACCAUAUUGGAGAUCGAGCUCACGUGAUGGAACGUUCCAGAAACGCACACACUGGAGAUCAGGAGCACCGACAAGACUUCAUCAACCUGGAAGAAAGUGAAGCUGAAGCCUUUGAUGAAGAGUUUAGGAGGGGGGUAGGGCGCUACAUGAGCCCUAACGCUCGUGGCCUGGAUUACGGACGGAGCCGAAGGACAGCGGCCGGACAACUGGCCUUAACCGCACCACCGAACUCCAGCGCCUCUUCCUCCCCUCGACCCCCCCACCGCCCCCGCUACGACUGGUGAAGGAACCAAGCAGAAGAGCCUCAUGAUCUACCUGAUGAUGUGAACGAGAUUGUUUAGGAAACCCUGGUCCUGUGUCCUGGCGUGAAGUGUGUGUGUGUGUGUGUGUGUGUGUGUGUGUGUGUGUGUGUGUGUGUGUGCGCGCACGCGCAUGCGCGUAUGUAAAAUGUUACCCUGCAGGACUGACACUGUACAGAAUAAAUAGCUGGGUCCAAAAAUCCGAGUGCACUACUGUCCGCUAUAUAGGCCACAUCACAAAAAGUCUCACCAUCCCUGUGGACGUUUCCCAAACCAUACACCUUAGUCACUACGUGUAGGUCGUGGUGCAUUAUGGAAUACAAUGUCUGGACUCUACUCUAUUGUAGGGCGGUGUGGGAGUUCCUGUGUGUGUGUGUGUGUGUGUGUGUGCGCUACAUAUGCUUUGACAGAAUAGUGGAUUCCAAAGAUAGUUUUAAAAAAAAAAAGAAAAAAAAAGUUGUGAUUUAGGACAUACAGUGAGUGUUAAUAGUAGUAUCGAAACUGCGUUCAUGUUUGCUUGGUAGUGCACUCUGACAUUUUGGACACUAUGUAGCCUCAUCGCACACAUACAAACACACACACACACACACACACACACUUAAACAUUCAAAGUCCAUUCCUAUGCUUCCAACUCUUAAAUAUUAAAAUGUGUAAUUAUAUACUGCUACACACUAGGCAUGUGCCGAUAUUAAAAUUUCUUAUAACUAAAAUAGUUUUGUUGCAGUUAACAAUAAAAAAAAAAAAGAAUACUGUUGAUUCCUCUCACGCCUUCUCUGAUAAGGACACACACACACCACAUGCUCCAAAAUAAGGAGUCCCUGUGAGUGAGACGUGCAGGACGACCACGCGCCUCCUCCGGACUGGAACGCCGACGGCGUUUUGUGUCAGCGGUUCUGAAUAUUGCCGCGUAUCGUAUUCUUAAUCAUCGGCACAUGCCUACUACACACACACUGUACAGUUCAUUAAUGUCUGUGUUGUUGACGCUAUGCUAAUCUGUGAUUUGAGCUGUACACUGUUGGCUAGUUAAACUUAUUAAUAAAUAAAUUAAAGUCGUC